GGAGAAUUAGAGAUAUCACUUUCUUCUUGGUGUUUCUCUUCUUACAUUCCAAGACUUCAACACUUGCUCUGAUCAUCCUAAACUAACAAAAGAUUCCUUGGUGGGUAUCUACCAUUUCAUGCGAUUCUUAAUUGGUGUUGAAGAUUAAAGAUUUUCAAAUUGGUGUUUGGCCUAAUGGUGGAGCUUCAGUCUUGUGCUCCCUUGGUCAAUGCUUCUGCACUAUGCGUUAUAGAGGAAGGAAUGCGAGGAGAGAGUGUCAAUGUUAUUGCUGAAAUUUCAGCCGAAUUAGAGAGAGAAAGACAGAAGAAUGCAGAGCUUAUGGAGAGGAUACUAAUUCUUGAAGCUCAAAUACAGGAAAGAGAUAAGGAACCUCCUCGAACAGAUGGACAAGGAAGUUGUUCCAAUGCAAUGGAAAGAAGCUUCAAGAAGUUCAAGAGACAGAAGAUAGAACUCACUAGUAAAGGGACUGAAGAUAGAAAUAUUAUCCCAUCUGAAAUGGCUUCACAGAAGAAGCAUGAUAAGCAAUGCUUGGCCCUUCAAGAUCCAAUUCCUGAAGACCGUUUAGUCAACUGGAUGAGCAUGGAGGAAACCCAGUUUUUGCAUUUAGAAAAAGUUAAAGAUGGUGAUUCAGCAGACUCUGAUGAUACUGAUGAUACUGAUGAUGAUUUCCGUGAAGAGGAUUGUGUUAAUAAUGAUCAUAAAGAAGGGGAGGCUGAUGAUGUUUCAAGAAUUGUUAGUGUCCUGAAAUAUGAAGUUGUUGAUAAAGGAUCAGAUGUGCCAUGUACAAAGGAUUUCUCAGGUGUGGGUGAGCCAGUAUUUUCAAAUGUGAACCAAGAAACAAAUGAGCUACCUGAUACAGGACCAGUUUGUAAUGAGAUGGAACUUACAAACCAAAACAAGAAAGAAACGAAUGAUUUCGGAAGUUACAAUGUACCACCUAAUAUCCUUACUUUGGAGAAGGAGUUUCUUCAUACAGGAUCUGCAAGCAUAUCACAACAGAAAAAACCUCCAAAGGUGGCAUUCUGCCCAAAAGAAGUGAAGAGAAUAAUUGAUUCAGAAUCCCUGUUACAGAAAAAUGCUCAAUCCCACACCAUAAGGAAGAUCAUAGUUUUUGCAUCUCUUGGUAUUAGGCAUGGUUGCGAAGAUAUAUAUGAGUUAGACUUCAAUCAUUUUAGCAUUUUAAGGAAGGGAGAGCCAUAUAUGUCUCCAAAAGAUCCUGGGGAGCAUGUUCUAUAUGAGAAUCCUGGUGUUCGGAGAAAGCUAUUAUAUCCAAAUCAACAGAACCCAACAUUAUGUCCUGUUCAAAUACUUGAAGAAGAGAAGGCUAUGCGGCCAUCAGAUCCUAGCUGCCCAUCAUGGCUGUUUCUGUGCAUCAAGUAUGGUGGAAGGACAAGAAAUCUUCCCCAAAAUGAAUAUGUGAGGCAGCGUAUGGGAAGAAACAAGCUAAAGUCUUUUGGGCCACUAAUGUGCCGAAAGGCAAUGCUAGUUCAUAUUCGCAGUGGAAGCUUCUUCUUCAAGGCCUUGGGCAUCGCACUUCUUUUCAUGGCUGGUUUUCCUGAUGAUCUGGUUCAAAGGGAAACCAAAUACCGGAACUUAGACUUGCUUCAGAAAUAUUAUAGGACAGAUGAUGAUGCUGAAGGAGAGGAAUUAUUUCUUCCACAUCCCAUGCCUUGUGAUACAGCUAGUCCAGGUUCUCAGAAGUUGUAUGGUAAGACUUGUCCAACAAAAACAAAGGGGAAGAAACAAACUCACUCAAAUAGCAAGCCUCAUUAUAUGCAGAGGUCCUCAUUCCCACAGACUACCCUUUCAACCUCUGCACCUUCUGCUCAAUUUGGACUAGUUGGUCAUACCUCUAUUCAAACUCACACAAUGGCAACAUUCCAGUCCAUGCCAUCUCAGUCUCAGACACCAUUAGAUGCUCCACCAAUCUCAAAUACUUUGAUCCCCAAUGCUGGUGGUACUAAUAAUAAUAUCUCCUAUUGUAGCCAAACCCCAUAUCAUAUUUUCCCCCCACAACCAGCAAACCCUUUUGUGCCUAUGGUAUUUUGGCCUCCCCCAAACACAUUUUCUCCUGGACCUUAUCAAUCUAGUUAUGGCUACCCGUCUUUUCCUUCUACCGGAAAUUACUUUGUCCAUCCACGGCCAUAUUACAGCCAUCCCUCUUGCAGUCCUUUGAUCUCCAAAAUGGUAGAAGCAGUAGGGAAAAAUGUUGUGGCCUCAGAGGAAGCUGAUAGUGACUAUGAUUGCAGUUCAAGCAGUAUUGAACCAAAGAAGAAUUAGCAAGGUGCUAUGACAGCCAAUCAAUUAUCAUACAUAUAUGUCUUCCUUGUAAAUUAUCAGAACUGGAGAGAGUUAUCUUAUUCUUAAGAAAUGAAAGAAUGAUGCAUUUUUGGUCCUCCACUUCUCAGAGGGUAUGUAAUUUCCAAAUUCUU